UUCAUUUGCCACCGAGCAAAGCCUAGUAUUUAGCGAAUAAGCGCCCGUCUUAUCAACGCGCCUAUUAACGCGUCACCCUCUUCACCCACACCACAUACUUCUUGUGUAUCGUGGUUAUAAUGGUCACUGCAGACAAUUUGAAUCUGGACGUUCUCGAGUCGAUAUUCUUCUAUCUUUCUGGCAAUGACUUGUCCUCAGUUGCUCUCGUCAGCCGCUCCUUUUUCGCUGGUGUUAUCCCAAGGUUGUAUCGAAAAAUAAUGUUUCGUUUAAAUCAUGCGAAGAGGUAUCCCCGGGUCAUGUCACCCUUCAGUGCGAUACUGGCUCAUCCAUCUCUUGCCACUCAUACACGACAUAUAGACAUCCGCACCAUUCCGACAUUGAAAUCUCAGCUACAUCCAGUCUUUCUCUCCGAGUGCACACGAGCGUUAGCUCUUUGCAAUAAUCUUCAAUCAUUUCAAUGUACUGUGAAUGCCGUACCACCUCUUUUGCCUUCUCUACAAGGCAAAGAACGACUACAGGACCUUCGAAUAUAUGCAAACCUUACUACUCUUCAAAGUGAAAAGCUGGCCGAAAUUGCAAAUUUGACGAAUCUUUGUUUGGAUUUUGGGUCUUGGAAUGUCCUCGACGUUCUUCCAAGAUGGACUCCGAAAUUCGCAAAAACACUCACAUCUUUGUGCCUUUAUAUGGCAAACGAACUCAAUGAAACCGUCCUAGACAAAGUGCUUCAGCAACUGCCUGAACUACAAGCUCUCCACAUUGUCGGAUGUGGCCAAGUUGACCAUCUGGUUGUCCUCCGACUCGUGUCACGUACACCGCGUUUGGAAAGCUUGUCUUUGAGUACGACGGAAUCUCUCGCCCCGAUUUCUCAGCCACCCCCUUCGCUCCAGCACCUAAAACAUCUGGCGCUGGAUACCCGAUACUCAAUGAUGUCGUCCCCAGCGCCCCAGGUACUCUCGUCAAUUCUAAAUCAUAUUCAAUCAUCUGCACCUGCAUUGCUGUCAUUCAUCAUGCGUCUCCCCGAACUUAAAAUCACUGUCGGCAACGAGUUCAUCGAGGAACUCGUCAAACUACAUGGGCACACACUGCGAACUCUUGCUUUCAUCGAUUGCGGGGUGAGCAUGGAAUCUAUUGUAACAAUCACCGAAUCUUGCCCGAACAUGGAACGUUUGGAACUGCCUAUUCCGGUCAAGGACAUGUAUGCUUUUGCGAAAUCCCUGGACAAAGCCACCAACCUCCAAACGAUCAUUGACACCAACACACACUCUGCCCAUGGACAUGGCCCAAAUGUUUCUUUGGUACGAGACAACGUGCGACAUUUGAUGAUGCAUGGUGCACAAUUACGAAAGAUUGUCAGUGGUAAACGGGUUUGGAAGAAUACAUUGGCAACUUCAAUAGACUUGUCACUUGAACGACUGCCUGCCUAUGCUUCGGGGACGCACUGGUUCAUGCCUCGAGACAUGUCUGAUUUCGGGAUGAACUAGGUAUUUUUGGAUGCCUUGCUUAGUCUAUUUGUCGCAGUUGUUUUUCCUGUGCGGACUCGGCCUCAAAACUAUCUCCCAUUGGAACCCGCCAACCAUCUGUUCUUACAACUAAUGUACAAGGACAAAUCUCCAUAACAAGAGUCCGAUGUUAUACAGCAGUUUGUAUUAUACAACAACCAAUUACUUG